ACUCAACCCAACCGCCUCCGCUUGAUCUCUUCUCCUUGUCCUCUCCGUAUAUAAACUGCCUGCUCUCAUCCACCAGCAGCAGAAUCCAGUUCCUGCUCUCCUCGCCGUCGAUCGCGCCGGCCGGCGGCCACCGUCCAUCCAUAGAUCUCCGUCAAGAUCUCCAGUCCGAGUUCAGAGGUGCUGCUAGCUUAGCUGCUGCUGACCACAUGGCAGAUGCAAGCAAGCAGGAUUACGUCGGGUCUUUUCCUCCGGGGAAAAAGAUAACAGUUGUGUUUGUCAUAGGAGGACCUGGCAGUGGCAAAGGGACUCAGUGUGCUAAGAUUGUGAACCAGUUUGGGUUUACCCAUCUGAGUGCUGGAGAACUUCUUCGCGAAGAAGUUAAAUCUGAUACCGAACAAGGUACAAUGAUCAAGAAUCUUAUGCAAGAAGGAAAACUUGUGCCGUCCGACAUAAUCGUUAGGCUACUGCUGAAGGCCAUGCUUGAAAGUGGAAACGAUAAGUUUCUUAUUGAUGGAUUCCCGCGAAAUGAAGAGAACCGUCAAGCGUAUGAGAAUAUCGUUAACAUUGAGCCUGAGUUCGUACUGUUCAUUGACUGCUCGCUGGAAGAGAUGGAGAGGCGCAUUCUAAAUCGAAAUCAGGGAAGAGACGAUGACAACGUCACCACUGUUAGGAGGCGGUUUGGAGUUUUUCAGGAAUCAACUCUGCCUGUUAUUCAGCACUAUGAAAAAUUGGGGAAGCUUCGAAGGGUUGAUGGUGACAGGCAGCCAGAUAUAGUCUUUGAAGACGUGAAGGCUGUUUUCGCGCAACUAAACAUUCAGACAAACCAAGCUAGCCAUGUAAGCAGGGCACAGACUAAUCCAUUCAAGCGUUGGUUCCUUGAUCUGUGUUGCGGUUGCUUCGACGCGCAAGAGAGAAGGAACUGAGAAAUGUUGAAUGUGGAACCCUUCAGUCCGGGGACAGAAGAACAGUGGAGAAAAAGGAGACGCUUAACUGGUGUUCUGAUAUACUGAUAUGUUUUACCUGGUGUGUGAUUUUGUGUGUGUUGUGCUGGUUCAGUUUGCUGUGAGCUCGGUUAAGCUGUGUGAGUUUAUGCUGAUAUGUUUACUAGUCCUGCCCAGCUUCAGUUUGUACUAAAGGUUUCAGGUUAAUUUGGGUUUUCAGUUAGUCCUGCCCAGCUGCAGGUAAACCUUGACUUUUUUUUUAGAUGAAACCUUGAGCCAUGGAAGCAUCGAACAUUUGAUUGUUCUUUUACAGCAAGAGACAUUUUUACUC